AUGGUGGCACUGUGUGUGUCCCGCUUUACCAGAAAAGGCUUCAUGUGGAUAGUUUCAGGGGCGCCACGCAGACAAUUUUGGUCUCAUUUCAGAAAGGAGAAAGAGCCGGGGGUAGCUGAGACAGUAGAAGAGGUGAAAAAGGAACCUGUUCUGGUGUGUCCACCUUUACGAAGCAGAACAUACAUACCACCUGAAGAUCUCCAGAGUCGUUUGGAAUUUUGUGUUAAAGAAGUUUUUGGUUCACCUCUUUCUGGUAAUUGGCAGGACAUCUCCCUGGAAGAUGGUCUUCUGAAGUUCAAUCUCUUGUCAAAUUUAGCUGAUGACUUGAGCCACGCAGUCCCUAAUUCCAGGCUUCACCAGAUGUGCAGAGUUAAAGAUGUUCUUGAUUUCUAUAGUGUCCCUGUUCAGGAUAGAUCUAAAUUUGAUGAACUUAAGGCUAGUAAUCUGCCUCCUAAUUUGAAAAUCACCUGGAGUUACUGAGCAAAAGGGGAGCAUACUGAAAUUAUUUUCCCCUUGAGGAAGGCUUAUUAGACUUUUCAAUAUAUAAAAUGCCAUCAGAACUGUUCUCUAAACCACUUUUUCUGUAGAAGAAUGCAUCAGUACUUUUUGUUUCUUAUCAUGAAUCAAUGAAAAAAAUAACAGGAUUUUCUGUUCACUUUUGCUGAAACUAUUUUUUUAAUGGAAUCAGGUCAUUAAUAAUUUAUGAAAACUUUUUUCUUGAGAGGACACUGAAAUUAACUUGAGUUUAAGAAAAGAGGGAGGAACGGAUUGGGUGUUUCCGUUGUCUGCGUCUCGCUGCAGGAGCCAUAUAUUGAAAACAAUGUCUGGAAGCUUCUACUUGUAAUUGUUGGCCACCAUGAUAAUCCAGUUUUUGAAAUGGAGUUUUUGCCAGCUGGGAAAGCUGAAUCCAAAGAUGACCACCGUCAUCUGAACCGGUUCAUAGCUCAUGCUGCUCUUGACCUGGUAGAUGAGAACAUGUGGCUGUCGAACAACAUGUACUUAAAAACCGUGGACAAGUUCAACGAGUGGUUUGUGUCAGCAUUUGUCACUGCAGGGCAUAUGAGAUUUAUUAUGCUUCAUGACAUAAGGCAAGAAGAUGGAAUAAAGAACUUCUUUACCAAUGUCUAUGAUUUAUAUAUAAAGUUUGCAAUGAAUCCAUUUUACGAACCGAAUUCUCCUAUUCGGUCAAGCGCAUUUGACAGAAAAGUUCAGUUCCUUGGGAAGAAACACCUUUUAAGCUGAAUGCAGAAAAAC